GAGCGUCCUUUCUUUAGUGAGUUCCAUUUGCUCUUUGUUUCUCACUCUCACGAUCAUUUUCACAAACAGUUAGAAUUCAUUUUAAAAGCUUGAUGUCUCUAACGACGCGGCAGAGGCGGUCAGAGCCUUCCGAUCUUCCGCCAUCAUCGUCCACGUACACGAAGUACGAUAAGCCGACGAAGGGACCGGACGGCGGCGGAGACGAGGACAAGGGACUCAGGUGGUUCUUGCCGGUGGUGGCUCUAGGUAUGCUACGCUACAUGAGCGCUACAUCAAACAUCAUACACGACUGUGACGAGGUUUUCAAUUACUGGGAGCCGCUUCACUACUUGCUCUACAAAUCCGGUUUCCAAACGUGGGAGUACAGUUCUCAGUUUGCACUUCGGUCAUAUUUAUACCUUCUUUUUCAUGAAUUAGUGGGCCGACCGGCUUCUUGGUUGUUUGCUGAUGAGAAAGUGAGAGUAUUCUAUGCAGUGAGGCUCUUUCUUGGUCUCCUUUCUGUUGCUGCAGAUACCGUUCUGGUGGUAGCCCUUUCGAGGAAGUAUGGAAAGCGUCUGGCUUCUUAUGCUCUGGCGAUGCUAUGCUUAACCAGUGGUUGUUUCUUUGCUAGCACUAGUUUCCUACCUAGCUCAUUGUCAAUGUAUGCCAUCAGUCUUUCAUCUGGAUUAUUUCUUCUAGACAAACCUGCUAUGGCUGUUGCAGUGUCAGCUGUUGGAGUAAUGCUUGGCUGGCCGUUCUCGAUUUUGGCGUUUCUGCCAGUUGUAUUAUACUCUUUAAUUAGAAGAUUCAAGCAAGCAUUUCUUGCUGGUGCUGUCACCUCUGUUGCCGUUGUUGCACUUUCGGUAUAUGUUGACUAUCACUACUAUGGAAAAUGGACAUCAUCUAUUUUGAAUUUGUUGGUAUAUAAUGUCGUAGGAGGUGGUGAGAGCCAUUUAUACGGAACUGAAGGGCCUUUGUAUUAUUUGAGGAAUGGGUUCAAUAAUUUUAACUUUUGUUUUAUUCUUGCUUUGCUUUUCUUGGCAAUUUUGCCGAUUGCAAGGAAAAAGUAUGCCCCAGAUCUGUUGAUUGUGGUCUCACCUUUUUAUAUUUGGUUGGCAUUUAUGUCAUUGCAACCACACAAGGAAGAAAGGUUCCUUUAUCCAAUAUACCCACUUGUUUGUGUUGCUGCUUCAGCUGUCUUGAUAGCUUUCCUGAUCUCUUCCGAGCAAUCGGCAAAAAUUCUUAGGCCUUUGGUUCUUGUCUCAUAUUAUGUGCCUCCCACUCUCGUACAUUUCGCUGAUUAA